AUGAACGUUCGAAAAUUAAUAAUCGCCAUCCUUGGCUUAUCCUGUUUCCCCUCACCCUCGCUGCCUUGGAAUGAUACCUUCAUUGCAAAUUUUAUCCUAAAACUGUAUCCCGUAUUAAAGGCCCAAGGCAACAUUUGGUUCCUUAGCCAACUGAUGACCACACAGCACACGGAGCAUUUGGAUAGAUUCAUAAAACGCAUCCAGGAUGGAUCCGGAGAGGCCCAAUAUGUCUGGAACAAUCGCAGUGAUGUACGCAUCAUAAGGACAGCAUCGAAGCGUAACUCUGUGGCAUUUGUACUCACCACGGGCCCAGAUGAUCCCGUCAUGCAUGUCCAUAGUCGUGUUAUGACGGGACGUCAUUUUUACUUCUCCGUCUUUAUAUAUGUGCCAAAGGUACACGAUUUCCGGGAGAUUGAGAGGCUUGCCCACCUGCUGUACCUGGGUAGCUUUGCCAACAGCAUGGUCUACUAUCAGCAGCCGAAUGGUCAAAACGAAUUGGCUGGCACCGAACAAUUUCCCCACUUUCAGAUGAUAAAUCUGACGGAUUUCACGGUCUAUGUUCGGCGGCAGUUCCAAAAAGUCAUGUCAGCCAAUCAGGAUGUGGCAGGCUAUAAGUUUUACACUCCCCUGCGCCAGGACCUGCCUCAUGUCAUAAAAUACCACGACAAAAUGGGGCGUCUGCAAUUGCAAGGUACCACAUUUCGUAUCCUGGAAGAUUUCAUUGACUCCCUAAAUGGUUCCAUUGCUGAAUACGAGAUGCCAAGGGAUAACUAUGGUUAUGAAGUGGUAAAUAUGAAAGAAGUUCUGGAUUUGGUACGUUCCCGGAAAAUUGACUUGGCUGCUCAUGCCUAUGCCCUCUACCACACCGAUGAUGAUUUGGAUAAAAGCUAUCCCAUAAUGGUGGUCAAAUGGUGUCUAAUGGUGCCGCUACAAAACAGCAUAUCCACAUUCCUCUACAUCCUACAGCCGUUCGGCUGGAAGGUGUGGUGCAUACUAUUGCUGGUGUUCUCGGGUCUGCUCUCCUUAGACUUUUUACGAAUUUUCUUAGACUCCUUAAUUUUUAAGGAACUGAGAAGGAAAUUUCCUAGCCAGCUCAGUGAUGCCUGGUUGGAGGAUUUUUGCCACAUUAUAUGCAUAACCGCACCCAAGGCCAUACAGGUUGCUACCUUAAAACGUUUCCUCUACUAUGCCACUCUGUUCUUUUUUAGCUUUUUCCUCUCCGCCAACUAUACCUCAUAUUUGGGUAGUUUCCUCACUGUGAGUCUCUUUCGGGCCCAAAUCAACACCAUGGAGGACCUGAUUCAAGCCCAACUGCCUGUCAUGAUAAUCGAUUAUGAAUUGGAAUUCUUGCUUUCCGAGGGGUUUCAUAUGCCCGAGGAGUUUGGAAAACUAAUACGAUCCGUUGACAGCCACACCUUUGUCGCACACCAGAUUCAGUUCAACAAAAGUUUUGCCUAUUUUGUCACCGAUGAUACCUGGCAUUUUCUGGACGAGGCCCAAAAACAUCUAAAGCAAAAGGUGUUUAAAUUUUCCGAUAUCUGUUUUGGUUCCUAUCAUCUGGCCUAUCCCAUACAAAUGGAUUCGGCCGUGUGGCGUGAUUUGGAGUAUUUUCUUUUUCGCACCCAUUCGAAUGGUUUGCUGCAGAAAUACGAACAUGAGACAUUUCAAUAUGCCGUGGCGGCGGGUUUUAUAAAACGUCUCGCGGAAACUCAGGAACAUUCAUCGGCUGGUUUGGAACAUUUGCGACUGCUUUUCAUCAUAUGGGGUCUAUUGUGUGGCAUGGGUUUGUUUUGUUUGCUAAUCGAAAUUUGUAUUUAUAAAUAUCGGCAUUAUAAGUUAUUGAAAUUGUAG